AUGCGUGAUAAAGAAGGACCCCAGAUCACAACUCAUUCGCACGCCAGGACAGUGGAAGAGAACUAUGCAGAUGUCACUCUGCGCAUCAUCGAAGACCAUGGCGAUCAAUUCGAACCUUUAACGCCCGAAAAGGAAAAGAAGCUCAGACGAAAGCUGUAUCUGCAUAUUAUGGGCCUGGUGUCUGUGAUCAAUAUCAUUUUGUUUGUGGAUAAAUCGACACUUGGAUAUGCUGCAAUCCUCGGGCUGUUUGAAGAGACGGGGAUAUCCAAGUCGCAGUAUAAUACCCUCAACAGUCUUUUCUAUGUUGGCUACCUCGUCGGCCAAUGGCCCGGGCACUACCUUAUGCAACGACUUCCUCUUGGAAAGUUCGUCAGCGGCAUGGUAUUCCUCUGGGGUGCCAUUAUUCUCCUUCACUGUGCUGCCACCAAAUACGGGGGACUGGUCGUUCUCCGGUUAGCCCUAGGCGUUGUCGAAGCCGUCGUAGUCCCCGCGAUAGAAAUCACAAUUGGCAUGUUCUUCAAUCGCCAGGAACAAUCCUUUCUGCAGCCCAUUCUGUGGAUCACCUGUGUCGGGGCUCCCAUUCCAGCUGGCUUUAUCUCAUACGGGCUACUAUUCAGCCACGGUGCCAUCCUUCCCUGGAAGCUAUUUAUGAUUGUCAUUGGAGGCGUGACUGUUCUACUCUCGAUAUGGAUCUGGUUCCGCUACCCGAAUAACCCAUCUGAAGCGCCAUUCCUAUCUCUGGAAGAAAAGGUGCACGUCAUCCAUCGCGUGCACCAGUCUCACCAGAGCUCCAUCGAGCAGAAGCAGUUCAAAAGGCCCCAGUUUAUCGAGACUCUGCGUGACUCUGUGUCGUGGCUGUUUGCCCUGCAGGCAUUUACUCUCAUGUACUGCAAUAAUCUCAACUAUGGCCAGCAGAACCUCCUUACCACCUCUCUGGGUGUGUCAGAGCUCGGCUCCACGCUUGUUGCUGCCGCAGGAGGUGGGUUCGGCGCUGUACUCUGCAUCGUAGCCACUCUUGCCUUAAAGUGGUUCCCCAAAUACCUCGCUCUGCAUAGCCUGAUCUGGUGUGUUUUGGCUAUGGCAGGGGGUAUCGGCAUGGUGACGAUCGCCUGGGACAAGAAGCUGGCUCUGCUAGCGUGCAUUCUCCUCGCUGAAAACACAUACAGCAUCACGUAUAUCAUCGCGCUCGGGUGGGCUACUUCUUCUGCGGCUGGAUAUACGAAGAAGCUCACACGGAAUGCAAUGUUCAUGGUCGGGUAUAGUGUUGGCAACCUGGUGUCGCCGCAGAUAUGGGUUCCCAGCGCUGCGCCGAGGUAUUACGGGGCGUGGAUUUCGAUGAUCGUGGUUAGUUGGGCGGGGACACCGGCUAUACUGUUUGUGAUUCAUUUUAUUCUUGCCAGGAGGAAUAAGCAAAGAAGGGAGUGGCUGACUGAGUUGAGCGAUGAUGAACGGGAGGGAUGUGUCGAACAGGUGGAUGAGUCUGGGGCCGUGGUGAGGAGGAAGGUCGACCUGGCCAUGCUGGAUCUGACAGACCUGGAGAACAAGCUGUUUGUCUAUCCACUGUAA